AUGAAGAAAGUCAACUUUGUGUCUGCUGAAGAGAUGGAACCAGUCCAAGAAGGGGAGGAUACACAAUUUGCUGAAGUAUGCUACAUGAGCAAUGGGCAAGGAGGUUACAACAAAGGAUACUAUAAUUACAAGUCCAACCCAGCCAUGUCAUACCGAAACACUGAUGUUGCUAACCCUCAGGACCAGGUAUAUCCUCAACAACAACAAGCUCGAUCGAGUCAAGCCCACAACAUGGGGCAAGCUGAUGGUGUAGUGGACACAAGCAAGAAGCUAGCUGAAAUCAACUCCAAGAUCGAGAAUCUCAACACAAGGGUUUACUCUCUGGAGAAUCAUGCUUCUUCUGUUGCUGCUGCUACAAAGCAAGGACAACUACCUGGUAAAGCUAUUCAGAACCCCAAGGAACAGUGCAAGGUCAUCUUCACUCAAGAAGGACUUGAAGAAGAGGAUCAAGAAAGGGUCAUUGAAGAUUUUUGUUUACUGCUGAAUGAUGAAGAGAUUGUUGCUGCUGAGGCUCCUGGAGUCCAGAUUGAUCAACCAGAAGUGCAGGCACCUACUGUUACACACUUCACCAGUUGA